ACCGUUAAAAGUACCAUAAUCUUUCAAGUCUGAAUGUGCUUCUCUCAUCCCUCAGUUUAUCUUCAUGUGAAUUAAGAGUUCCAUUUGAGACAUUUGCUCAAAUACAUUUAUAUUUUUUAUUUACUGGAAUGGGAUUAUGCCACAUUUGUCUCAUUUUUGCCUCAGCAGUGGCCCUUCCUCCUGUCCUUCAAGGUCCCUCUGUAUGCCCUUCACUUUUAUCUACUUUCUGUAAAAAGUAAGACAUUAUUUGAUAAAUAAUGGGGGGAAGGAAAUUAAUGCAGUGGCAAACCAUACUUUUCAUGCACAGAAUUAUAGUUGUGCUGCAUUAGUCCCAGCUAUACAUGUUGAACUCGAGAAGAAACAGAACACAACAGAUAAGUCGUCACUGCAACAGUAUACUGUCAAAUAUUUCAAGAUACACAAGAGUGCGUAGCAAAAGUAAUCUGGCUUAAAUAAAUGAUUUUAAUUUUUAGUGAAACUUUUUAAAUGUUUGCAAUACCAAUUCACACCUUGUAUAAUGAGUUUAUGAUUCAUGACCCAAGAAUUCAGAGCAUUCCAGAACCAAUGGGAAAUUUCCUAACAGACAUCAUCUGCCUUUUCCAGUAGUGGAAAACUGAACAAAACCACUAUAAAGCCUAUGAUAAGUAAGCCCAAUGUUUCCUAGCAAAUAGUAUUCGGAGGCACAUUUGCAUCUUAACAGUAUAUAGUUGAAGCUAUACAUCCCAGAGUCUCUCUGGCAAGAAAAACACAAUACUAUAGAACCAUUUUGUAUCAGUUUUCAAAAUCCUAAACCAGCUGAGCCUCAUGGACAAGCCAAGACUUUCUGCUGUUGUUUGACAUGAAGGUUUAAGAGUUUCCCAUGGGACUGAUGACUCAGUGUAUUUUUUUGUUACUGGUAGUGAAGCCCUCCUCCAGUGCAAUGCUCCUGGACACCAACACGAGUGAGUAUUGCUGUCUCUCUCUGGGUCCCUGCCCCACCUUUUUACAUUUAAAAAGUUUCAAAUCAAACAAAUGCAACGGUGGCCAAGUGCAAGCAAAGAUUCCAGCAUCAUUUUGAUUUGCAAGAACGGGUCUGAGUCAUCAGUGGGCCCAAUACCUCUUCUUUUAAAAAAGGUAAAACUACUUUUGGAAUGGUGUCUUGCAAGGCACAAGGAGGAUCAAGCAGUAUGCUGAUAAAACAUUAUUUUGUACCUGCUUAUGGGCCUCUGGCAGCCAUUUUAUGAAUAGGCAGCCCCCCCCCCCCCACCUCCAGCCAUUUUGCAAGGACACCCCCACUACUACAUUAACAAUCCCCAGCACUGCAGAGCCCCCUCGUGCUUUCUCCCGGCCGCAGGACAUCAACCCGAGGCGCUGCGCGUCAAGACACGGGGAGGGGGGCGACCACGCGAGGACGAAAAAAGCCGAUUUCCGCAGACCGAGGCGAGGAAGGUGACCGGCGAAUAAGCCUCGUUCGACGCCACUUCGAAAUCGGAUCUUCGGCGCUGUUCCCGAGAGCCGCCCGCAGUCCCGCCCCGGGAGGAGGCGGAGAAACAGAGCAAGGUCAGGCGAGCCUCCCGCGGGCGUCCCUCUCCUUCGCUGGCUUCUAGGGCGUCAUGAGCGACCAUUGCGGCUGUUGUUCUGGGCCGGCGAGGCCGGAAAGCAGCGAGGGGUUGCCCUCAGAUGGACUUGAAAACGACUUAAAAUCAAAUGAGGAACCUCUCUUAAGGAAGAAUCCCCAUCGAUUUGUCAUCUUUCCAAUCCAAUACCCUGAUAUAUGGAAAAUGUACAAGCAGGCUCAGGCUUCUUUCUGGACAGUAGAAGAGGUUGACUUGUCAGAGGAUGUUAUUCAUUGGAACAACCUAAAACCAGAAGAGAAAUAUUUUAUUUCGCAUAUCCUAGCUUUUUUUGCUGCCAGUGAUGGAAUUGUCAACGAAAACUUGGUGGAACGUUUUAGCCAAGAAGUGCAAAUCGCAGAAGCUCGCUGUUUCUAUGGCUUCCAGAUAUCAAUAGAAAAUGUUCAUUCUGAGAUGUAUAGUUUGUUAAUAGACACUUACAUCAAAGACCCCGAGAAAAGGGACUUUUUAUUUAAUGCUAUUGAAACAAUGCCAUGUGUCAGGAAGAAAGCAGAUUGGGCGAUGAGGUGGAUAACAGACAGAGAAGCCACUUUUGGUGAAAGAGUGGUUGCGUUUGCUGCUGUAGAAGGCAUCUUCUUUUCUGGUGCUUUUGCAGCCAUAUUUUGGCUCAAGAAGAGAGGGUUAAUGCCAGGCCUUACUUUCUCCAACGAACUUAUUAGCAGAGAUGAAGGGCUCCACUGUGACUUUGCUUGCCUGAUUUUUCAGUAUUUAGUGAAUAAACCUUUGGAGGAAAGGGUGAAAGAGAUCAUUGUCAAUGCAGUUGAAAUUGAAAAGGAGUUCUUGACAGAGGCCUUACCUGUGGGAUUGAUUGGAAUGAAUUGUACUCUGAUGAAACAGUAUAUUGAAUUUGUGGCUGAUAGGCUGCUCCUGGAACUGGGUUUCCCUAAGGUCUUUCAAGCAGAAAACCCUUUUGACUUCAUGGAGAACAUUUCCCUGGAAGGAAAAACCAAUUUCUUUGAGAGGAGGGUUUCAGAAUAUCAACAUUUUGCAGUUAUGUCCCAAGCAAAUAAUAAGAUAUUUACUUUAGAUGCUGAUUUUUGAUGCUGCCUACUUGGGAGAUUGACAAAGCCACACUACACAUUCACCCUCAAUGAUGACAAGAAACAUCUUACAAGCUAAGUAGGGUAUUCUUGGAAUGUUUUAUUAACUAUUAAUAGUUGAUAGAAAAAU